AUGGGCCUCCUGGCAGCUGUCCUUGCUUUGCAGUCAGUAGAUGGCCCAACCUGGUUGGACACCGGUGGUUGGGCAGUGGUCAGUUCUGUGGGUGGUGAAGCCAACCUGACCAUUGAUGGGAACAAUGCCAGCUACUGGGAGCCAGACCCAGUCCGUCUGGUGUCUGCUAGAGCCACAGGAUCUUUCUACCUGGAAUUGGAUCUGCAAGAACACUACCAGCUGGACAGGCUAUCGCUUACUAUACCAGCCUUGUCUGGAGGUUCCACUGACAUCAGUUUCCAGCUGUGGAUACUGCAGUAUGGGAUGACAACUGCUGAUGGAGUCAUCUGGACAGACGCAAGGACCUUCUUCAUAUCACGAGAACAAAGGUCUUGGACGUGGGAAUUCAGAGGUUUCCGUGCAACUGGAAGGUACUGGAGGCUGGUGAUGCCUUUGGACAGGCAGAGUGGCUCCCAGGCUGCUGUAGCUGAGGUUCAGUUCAGAGGACAAGUUGUUGUGGCUCAGCAAAUGAGCAUGCUUGAACUGCCUCAGAGUCUGGUAUCCCGACUUGAUGACAUCUCAUCCCUGCAGUUUAUCAACCUGAAGUCAACGGUGGAGACCAAUCAAUGA